AUGCCAUUCGGUGCCGGUCCGAGCCCAGGAGGCUUGGAAGCUGCAACAGAAGUUUGGAUACAAGAAGCUCACCAUUUAGCAGAUACAUUGGUACCACCUGCUUCACUAGAGCACUCCAUCGUAUGUCCAGCAUUCUACGACUCCGCUAUCUUCAACUACUGUAAGCCUACCAUACAAGAGGCCUUCCUCUCCUCAUCGAUAGAUGAGGGAGAGGGGCUUCAACUAGCCGACUAUGUUGACGACUAUGCUGUUACCGGCGAUACGGUUGCACAGGUGAACUGGCACUAUGACAUCGUCGAAGCACCCGCAAAGCUCCGUGGUUUUCAUUUUCCACCGCUUAAACGCUAUCAGACGUGGGAUGAAGACAAGGACAAUAAGCUCCUCGGCUACGUUCUCAAAAACGACCUUCUAUCCCCGGUUUUCUCGGCUAAAUUACUACCCGUUGAUGGCAACUCGUCUUUGGUGACUAAGCGCAUG